GCAAGCAUAUACUCAUGUGUAUUUUCAGGCAAAUCUGUUAGCCCUCUCACUGUUGAAUCCGAAGGCGAAUCUGUUUGCCCACUCGCUCUUGAGUCCCACUCGGACAGCACUGUCGAACCCGAGCCAACACUCGAAGACAACACCACCAGCGCUGCUAGUAGCGUUGCGAGUCUGGCACCUGUAGUGUCUCCAAUACCACCCCCCGAUGCGAGUCUGGCACCUGUAGUGUCUCCGAUACCACACCCUGAUGCGAGUCUGCCAUCUGUAGUGACUCCAAUACCACCCCCAUCACCCACAGCCGAGAAAGAAAACCAACCACCGACUCAUGGCUGCAUUGUUUUGACGAAUCCCCUUAUGGGUUUGACCUGUCAGCCAUUGGUGAAAUCAGCUGUACCGACAAGCGCGACUGUACCGACAAGUGCCACUGUGCUGGAUACCGCCAAGACCAUUUUAAGUUUGAAGCUGGGACUGCCGUCCACUUCAAAGACCAUGGUCCCCACAAACAUUCCUCUCGCGCCUGGUAACCCUGCUGCACUCCCUCAGGUGAACGAUGCUCCUGCCACUGGGACUCCUUCAUCUUCGAAGAAGCCUGCAAAAAUGCGGCCAGGUCCAAUGAAGAAAGGGCGGUAA